AUGGGCGGCUUUGCAACUGAAACCACAUAUAUUGACGAAUCCGACCAACAACGCACUCUCCGUCGCAUCCUUCUGCCACAGGGAAUCUCAAUCCUCGCUAGAACUGGAUACCUGCCCAUCAUCGAUGUCCAGGAGAUUGCAGAACGGAGCAAGGCGGAUGUAUUCGCCAAAAGCGCUGUCGUUGGCCAAUGUCUCUGGUUUGCGCUCCAGGUAUUAGGACGAUUAUGCCAGAAGUUACCGGUGACGCCACUGGAGACGCACACUGCGAUUCAUGUAGGCUGCGCAAUGAUCAUCUACGCAGUGUGGAUGCGAAAGCCAUACAACCUGUCACAGUGUAUCGUUGUCCGAGGGGAGAACAUGGACUACAUCGGAGCGCUCUUCAAUUUCUAUGACAUCAGUCGGAAGGUAUUCCGUGAUGAAAUGCAGCAGUACGAAGAGGGCCGCAUGGAGUAUUGGAAGCAGCGCAUCAUCGACUCGUCUCGAGGAAUCUCCGAUUUCAGACCACCUCCCGGUCGUCCAAUUCUCAAGUCGAUAGGCGAGCUUCUGGAUGAAUACCAGGCGCCUCUGUCAAACAUGCCAUCAGAUGAGAAGAUCAAGAUCUUACAUGUAAUUGCAGUAGAUGCCGCCAGAGGUCUCCAACUCCUAGAAAGCAAAGGGUGUUAUGACUUCCGACCCGUCUCGCUCGGGAACCUGAACCUCCUCAGCCAGGGCAGCCAGGAUAUAACUAUACGACGAGUCUGGGGCGGCUGGAGCACAGACGUUGGACACGAACCAAGCGCCUCAAAAGCCGUGCACGCACUCUUCAACGUCCUCUACGGCGGUUUCCACCUGCUGGCAUGGUCUUCCUUCUUCCCAUCCACCGUAGAGUGCUGGCUCUGGCGGGGUUCAGCGCUCUGUCUUGUCUCCGUCCCACUGUGGGGGGCGCUAUGGAUCCUAUGGUGGACGGCUGCACGGUCUCGUCAUAGGGCGCUCUACCUAAUCAGCAAUGGGGAUCUGGAUAUCGUUGCCGCACCGCUUUUCUUCGUCAUUCUGGUGGUGUAUACCCUGGCCAGGUGUUAUUUUCUGAUUGAGGCGCUUAUCGGCCUGAGGCUUUUGCCUGUGACGGCAUACCAGACGGUCAAGUGGGCCUCGUUUUUGCCUCAUGUUUCGUAA